AUGGUGAAGGGAUUGGAUGUUCAGCAGAGACUUGCUGGUUGUGAGUUGUGGGAUCAUGGCAGGCCAGAUCAAAUAACAUCAUCAGACGCAUUCAAUGGAGUAGGUGGGGAGGGGCUGCAUUUUUCAAACAAAGAUUCCUACGCUGUUGAAUCAAACUGGGCUACUAAGUGGACGACAACAAAACAACAGAUUGUAAAAAGUCUGUACAAGAACUUUUACCUUCCAGUCUGCCUUAAGACACUAAAGAGCUUCCUGAAGACGACCAGAAGCCGUGUGUUGAGGAGAGUAAAGCCCAGAGUCAGGCUGCUUCAGAAGACACUCCAGGACUCCGGAGGGGCCAAGGUGACCUGUCUGGCCACCGGUUUCUACCCCCGUCACAUCAACCUGACCCUGCUCAGAGACGGCCAGCCUGUGUCUGACCACCAGGUCACUGGGGGGGAGCUGCUACCUAAUGGAGAUGAGACGUACCAGAUGAGGAAGAGCCUGGAGGUCAGCGCAGAGGAACUACAGCAUCACCACUACACCUGCACAGCUGAACACCUCAGCCUGGACAACAAGCUGGACAUUCAUUUGGAGCGUGAGUGGACAACAGCCCCUAUUGCAUCAUCUGUGGCAGUUCUGCUUGGCCUGCUUGGAGUCACCUGUGGCAUCAUCGUAUGGAGGAGACGGCAUGCAGGUCAGGGCUCCAACGCUUCACUCCAGAGCAUCUACAGUGAAGCUUCCAGUGAGAGAGUUAAGCGGAGUACGGCCCAGAACAAGGGGAGGGAUGACAAGAAUCAACAACAUAGUCAACUGCAAACUACAUCAUGAAGACUGGAGAUGCAUGUUAAACUACUGGAGCUAGUGGCAUAUCUUGGUAGCCUAUUUAGAAAUCUCGAAACGGUUAAUUCAAAUGAAAUCACUGUUGCUUUUCAGUCUUGAAGGGAUAGUUUGCUUCACACACAACCUAUAGGGUCUAUAUGGUUAGCCUAUGGAGGAUUAUGAUGAUUUCAAGUUCAAACUGUCAUAUGAAAGAAAAAGUACGUUAAUACGUAAAUUACUGUCUCGCCAUGAAGGAUGGCACUCAUCCCACACACGGACUGUUUGCCCCCCUCACAUCAGGCUAGUGGCUUCACCGCGAAUACAACCAGACCGAGGAGCAGCUUUUUCCCAGCUGCUGUUAGACUAAUAAACAGGACACCUCAGACCUGACCACAGACUGCUCCCGGCACCUGCGCUUCAGUCAUGGACUUACUUGAGUUAGGCUACUGACUUGAGUUAUCCUGAACACUGCUGCUACUCACUGAUCAUACUGCAAUGAUGUAAUGUGUAGUUUGGGCAUUUUUCACCCUUAUUUUACAGUUUUUC